AGUGUAAAUUUUUUUAAAAAAAAAUUUCUCGUCUCUGAGAAGUAUAUUGUUUGGUAGAACAGUGAUAUUGGACGAUCGAAGAAGAAAUUCGCCUCCACCACGGAACAGCCCUCAAAUGACGGAUCUCCCAAAGCUCAGCAUAACAAGCUUACGAAGUAGGCGAAAACCCUUCAAGGUUUUCUCAUCCGAAGCCUGUAAGUCUCUCCUUGCUCUGAUUUCUCUCGAAGAGCUAAAUUCUUGCGUCAUAUUCUCGCCAAUAGUGCUCCAAUGGAUGCCAUCCUCUUCCUUCCUUGGAACUUGCCAUCCAGAGGAAGCUUGAAGCUUUCGUCUUCCCCUUUCCACUCAUUGUUGGCUACUUCGGAGGGCUACAAUGACAAAAAGACCAAUUCAUUCGAUCCAUCCAUACGAGGAUGCAAUAGUCUUCUGUACAACGAAAGAAAAAUCUCAUAUUUCAUCGUCCGAUGCUCGUCAAUGGAGCAAGGUUUGAAGGCAAGGCCCAUGAGGAAACUCAUGCCGGUUACUGAUUCUCCGGAUCUGGAACGAGGUUCCAACGAGUCCAAUAGCACCCAAAUCACCCAGGCCCACCCCUCAGCUCUCUGUCAUCAGAUUGAGAGGCUGGUCUUCUUGAAGAAGUACAAAGAAGCCAUUGAGCUUUUUGAGAUUCUGGAAGUGGGUGGCAAAGGCAGUGUCAGGUUCGAAGCUAUUGGCACUAGCACUUACGAUUCUCUGGUCACUGCUUGCAUCAGCCUCAAGUCAGCAACGGUGGCUCGAUUCAUCUUCCGCCACAUGAUUGAGUCUGAAUUUAAUUUUGAUCAGUAUAUGAUGAAUAGGGUCCUUUUGAUGCACCUUAAGUGUGGAAUGAUAAUGCAUGCACGCCGCUUGUUCGAUGAAAUGCCGCACAAAAACCUUGUGUCAUGGAACACCAUUAUUUCAGGACUGGUUGAUGCAGGGUCCUAUGAUGAAGCGCUUGAGAUGUUUCUGAUUAUAUGGGAAGAUCUAUCAGAUGUUGGCUCCCGUGGGUUGGCAACUGCCAUACGAGCUGUGGCAGGGUUGGCCUCAGUUGCUGCUGGCAGCCAGUUGCAUUCACUUGCUUUUAAAAUUGGCCUAUAUGAUAACUUAUUUGUGUCUUGUGCGCUUAUUAACAUGUAUGGAAAGUGUGGGUGCAUUGAUGAGGCUCGCAUGGUGUUUGAUGCGAUGCCUGACAAGCAUGUUGUGGGUUGGAAUUCAAUAAUAGCCGGAUAUGCUUUAAGUGGAUAUAGUGAAGAAGCUCUUAAGGUAUACUAUGAGAUGCAAAACUCCAAUGUCAAGAUGGAUCACUUUACUUAUUCUAUUAUCAUCAGAAUCUGCGCUCGGUUAGGUUCACUAGAGCAAGGGAAGCAAGCUCAUGCAGGAUUGGUUAGAAAUGGGUUUGGUAUGGAUACGGUUGCAUGCACUGCUCUUGUUGAUUUGUAUUGCAAAUGGGGGAGAAUGGAUGACGCAAGGAAUGUGUUUGAUAAGAUGUCUCGCAAAAAUUUGGUAUCUUGGAAUGCUUUGAUAGGAGGUUAUGGUAAUCAUGGUAUGGGAGUUGAGGCUGUUGCAAUGUUUGAGAGUAUGGUGAAGGAAGGAAUAGUUCCAAACCAUGUGACUUUUCUUGCAGUUUUGGGUGCUUGUAGCUAUUCCGGAAUGUUAAGCAAAGGGAGAGAGAUCUUUGAAUUGAUGGCCCAUGAUCCCAAGAUGAAGCCGCGGGCGAUGCACUAUGCUUGUAUGAUAGAGCUGCUGGGAAGAGAGGGUCUUUUGGAUGAUGCUUUGGCUCUGAUAAGGAAUGCUCCUUUAAGCCCAACUAAGAACAUGUGGGCAGCAUUGUUUAGAGCUUGUAGAGUUCACAGGAAUCUUGAGCUAGGAAAACUUGCAGCAGAGAAGCUUCUUGGAAUGGAACCAGAGAAGCUGGGAAACUACAUUGUACUCCUAAAUCUAUAUAACAGCAGUGGAAGAAUGAAUGAUGCUGCCAAGGUUUUAGAUUCAUUAGUGAGGAAAGGUCUUAGACUUGUUCCUGCUUGUAGUUGGAUCGAGAUAAAGAAAGAACCCCAUAGGUUUCUUUUUGGAGACAAUUCCCAUCCACAGAGCAAAGAGAUCUAUAAGAGGCUUGAUGCAUUGAUGCAGGAGAUUGUUAAAGAGGGAUAUCUUCCUCAGAGGAGAUGUUUAUUUCCUGAUGUGGUGGAACAUGAUCAGAUAAUUUUGGGUUACCAUAGUGAGAUAUUGGCAAUUACUUUUGGGCUGCUCAACACACCAGAAUCCACCCCUCUGCAAGUGUUACAGAGUCACCGGGUUUGUGAUGACUGCCAUUGUGUAAUUAAGCUUGUAAGUAUUGUCACCAGAAGAGAGAUUGUUGUGAGGGAUGCAAGCCGCUUUCAUCAUUUCAAAAAUGGGGCUUGUUCUUGUGCGGAGUAUUGGUAACUGAAUUCAGGUUAGUAUUUUCGGGUUUUAACUAACUUACAAGUUUCAACCUUACUCUCCUGUAGUUAGGUUAACAGGUCAUGAAUUGAUGAUUUUCUAGAGAUACAAUUAGGAUGACAUGUUGUAAUUUUUCCUUAGAUUAGAGAAUAAAUUUCCGGUUAGACAAUAAUAUCCAGUUUCUGCA